UGGUGGUUGAUGGUUACUAUCGGAAGUAGAGAAUUUGCCAUCAGCGUCAUUCGGUUUGGCCGGUUUAUAGUUUGUCUCCCCAGGGGUUUUUCUUUAGACUGGCCUACUGUCCUUUGGCUCGUUCGCUUUCCUUGAUAUCCUUUAGGACCCAUUGUGUUUCGUUGGCGGGCAGUAUCAAACCCCACCCGAAAAGGAAGGCCUAACGCUUGUUUCCAAAAUGCCGGACAUCGCUUCACUGGACAACCACGAUUUGGUCGGGCAUGAUGCCAUUCCCGGUCAUCCUUUGGGGGUGAAGCCCAGUGGCAAUGCUUUGCUUGCCCAUGAGAAUCUUCGUGCUACGAUUGGAACCUUCAAUUUGUUACCCGAUGAACUGAUCUUAAUUUUACUAGAGUUUAUUGAUGGACGCAGUUUGCUGCGUAUUGGGCAGACAUGUAAAGCCUUCUAUGCGUUUACUAGAGCCGAGGACUUUUGGAAAUCUCUUUUCAUUGGAUCCCCUCCAGCCUCGUUUACCUGGCAAGGAACAUGGCGGUCUACCUUUCUCAACAUCCCCCCUUCUAAAGCGGCCAUCCUAGACUGCUCGACUUUGUAUUCGGAUGCCCUGCACCGUCCCUUCUACUGCGCACAUAUCAUUUUGGACCCAUACGUCACCAAUAUCCCGUCCAGAAACCAAAUCGCUCGUCUCCCGAACCUUUCCCCGGAAGAAUUCCAUGAGAAAUGGUCCGACACUCCAUUUAUCCUGACUGAACCUGUCAAGGAGUGGCCCGCCUAUCAAAACUGGACCGUUGAAUCGUUGUUGUCGAAAUAUGCGGACACAGUUUUCCGUGCGGAGGCUGUGGACUGGCCGUUGAGGACGUAUGUCGAGUACCUGAAGAACAACUCGGAUGAGAGCCCUCUCUACUUAUUCGACCGGGCAUUUGUGUCUAAAAUGGACCUCAAGGUUGGUCAGCCCGAUGAGGAACCCGACGCCACAUAUUGGCCACCACCCUGUUUCGGAGAAGACUUCUUCUCCGUCUUGGGCAAUGACCGCCCUGAUAGGCAGUGGUUGAUCAUUGGUCCCGAGCGGUCAGGAAGUACUUUCCAUAAGGAUCCUAAUGCCACUAGCGCCUGGAACGCAGUAGUCCGCGGCUCCAAGUACUGGAUCAUGUUUCCCUCGUCGUCUAAACUCCCCCCACCCCCAGGAGUGUAUGUCUCUGAGGACCAGAGUGAAGUGACGUCCCCUCUGAGCAUCGCAGAGUGGCUUUUAGGAUUCCAUGCCGAAGCCCGGCGCACGCCGGGCUGCAUUGAAGGUAUCUGCCAGGAGGGAGAGAUUCUGCAUGUGCCCUCCGGUUGGUGGCAUUUGGUGGUAAAUAUUGAGCCGGCCAUCGCAAUCACACAGAACUUUAUCCCGCGUGCACACCUGAGCGCAGCUUUGGACUUCCUGAGUAACAAGGCUGAUCAGAUCUCGGGUUUCAGAAAAGACGUUGACAACCCUUACGAACAAUUUGUGAAUAAGAUGCGCCAGGCCCACCCAGACUUGCUUGAACAAUCACUUGAUGAGCUAAAAAAGAAAACCGAGGGCAAAAAGCGGAAAUGGGAUGAAAUUGUCCAUGGAAAAUCAGAACAAGACGGUGCUGGAGACUCAUCUGAAGCAGGUGGAUUCAGUUUUGGAUUUGGGGAUGACGGGAGCGACGUGGAGGUUCCCUGAUCCACAGAUUUGCAUUAUGAUUGAUGAACAAGACCAACUCCGGGUCAGAAAUGCAAAAAUACCAUUAUGUGAUAUGCAGUACAUGCUAUCGAGCGGCUCACCGUUAAGCUUUGCCAAGCCUAAAACUUUCCACUAAUAUUCAAACGCA